UUUAAUACCGGAUGAUUCGUGCUCCUUCGUCUAGCGUGUCAUCCCUUGAAGCCUCGUCUUUCCCGCGAAAACUUGGGUCAUUUUCUCUCUCUCUCCAGUACUCUUCUCUCACUCGCCUGUCAUGCCAUGAAGAACCAGAACACAAUCUUCUCCUGCAUCAUAAAUGUCUUCAGAUAUUCCCAACAAAGAUCAAAAUGCGAAACCCAUCGAUCCAGAUUCAUCGUCAUCAGACCCUCCUGCGUUGGACAAUAAAGAAUCAGAGACUUCUUCAACCACUAGGACACCGACCACCACCACCACCACCACCAAGGGCAAGCUGAGGAAGAUCCCUCCGAUCCCAAUCCGUCGAUCCCACUUCGACAAUGCAGAACCCAAUAAUGGCGAUGGUAAUGGUGAUGGUGAUGAUGAUGUCGAUGACGAUGUCCGCGACGAUGGCAUGGGACCUGGAGCGGAGGACGGCUCUUCUUCUCCAAUCUUUGCUUCUUCUCUUGGCCUCAAUCACAUCAGAACUAAGUUCUUUUCCACCCUUUCCCGUCCAUCAUCAUCAUCCAAUGCUGUUCCCUCCAAUCUCGGCAUUGAUAAGAGCAAGGAAACCGACGGAGGUGGCGAUGGUGGUCGUACCAAAUGGGAUUUUCCCCAUCACAUUAAUCAAUCCGUGGAACCAGGGAAAAAGAAUCAUUGGGCUCAAUCAAAAUCUUUGAGGUUACCCCAUCUUUCCAGUCCAGGGCUUGAGGACUUUUGGACAAGCAAGGAUAUUCAGUCUCCUCGCUUCCAGGCCAUAAUGCGGGUUACAAGUGGCCGGAGGAGGAAAAGACCUGAUGUGAAGAGCUUCUCUCAUGAACUAUGUUCCAAAGGGGGAGUCCGGCCCUUCCCAUUCUGGAAGCCUCGUGCAUAUGGGAGAACAGAGGAGAUUAUGAGUGUUAUUAGCACAAAAUUUGUCCGAUUAAAGGAAGAAGUUGACAACGACUUAGGCAUUCUGGCUGGUGAUUGGGUGAGCAUACUUGAAAAGAAUGAAGAUGCUGAUCCCAAAUGGAAAGAAAUAUUGGAGGAUUUGUUGGUUGUUGCUCGGAAGUGUGCUAAGAUGUCACCAAAUGAGUUCUGGUUGAAAUGUGAAGGUAUUGUGCAGAAUUUAGAUGAUCGCCGUCAGGAGCUUCCCAUGGGGACCCUCAAACAAGCCCAUACGAGAAUGCUUUUCAUCCUCACUAGAUGCACCCGUCUAGUGCAGUUUCAGAAGGAGGGUGGUUUUGAGGAUGAACAUAUACUUGGACUCCAUCAACUUAGUGAUCUUGGAGUCUAUCCAGAACAAAUUUUUGGGGGUGGACGACAGGGUUUCAAGAACUCUCUCAGUGGGAAGGAAGCUAGUGAGAAGCAUGCUAUGAAGUCAAAUGGGCAGGAACAAAGCAGUUUGACUAUGUAUGAAGAUCUUAAUGUUAGUUCUGCUGACCCUUCCACUGCGAAAAGUGUUGAUUCAUCUACAAGCAGGGAUAGGAUAUCUUCGUGGAAGAAACUCCCAUCUGCUGCUGAAAAGAACCAGAGCAAAGGCAUGGAUGAAAGCGAUACCCCCUUGAAGGAUAAAAUGGAUGCCUCGCAACAUCAAGAUAAAACAAAAUCAGAUGUUGAAGAUAAUGCUGAAAACAUUAAUACCCCACAAUGCCCUCUAGGAAGUGCAGAUCUUUCUUCAAAUGAACAAAAAGUUUGCUGGGGUGAUCAACAAAAUGUAGCAUAUGAGAAUAUGAUAUGUCGGAUUUGUGAGGUUGAAAUACCAACAGUACAUGUGGAAGAUCACUCUAGAAUCUGUGCCAUUGCGGAUAGAUGUGAUUUAAAAGGCUUAACAGUGAAUGAAAGGCUUGAAAGAGUUGCUGAAACUCUUGAGAAGAUACUGGAAUCAUUAACUCCAAAAAGUUGUGAUACUUCAAGAAGUCCAGAUGCAUCAAGUGUAGCUGACGUUUUUGAUCCUCCAUCUCCUAAGCAAAAUAGCCUGUCUUGCCAAUCUUCUGAACAUGAGAUUGAUUCUGUACCUGAAGCUGUUAAUGUUCUUUCCAUGAAUGAUCUGGAGAGUCUGCCCAACUUGUCAUGUAAGCCAAAUUCUAUCAUCAUGCCUGAUCAAGGUAAAGCGCCAUCAUCAGCAGGGAGCACAACCCCACGAUCUCCAUUAGUGACCCCACGGACUGGCCAAAUUGAAUUGCUAAAGUGUGGAAGGACUACAAUGUCAGAGCUUGAAAACUUUCAACAGGUAGUUUCUUGUCUUAGUUCCAACUACCCAUGACAUCAGUUUAUUUAGCACCCAUGAUUUCAUUUUGCUGCUUAUAUUUGCCAGUUACAGUUCAAAUGGAGAAAACAAUAACACAGUUUCAAAUGCAAAGCCCAACUCUUGCCUCAUGUAUAAUGACUAAUUUGUUUUACUAAGAAAACCUUCCUAGAUAAAUUUAACAUUAUUGUAUGCUGCUUUCAACUCCCAAAGAGCACCCCGAAUUUUACUUUUUCAACUCUAGCUUGCAUGAGACCAAAAAAAAAAAAAAUUUAAAAUUUUGGGCCUUUUCCCCUCUUUCCGUAUAUUUUAUUAUUCAAUAUUUUUUAGUUGGAAAUAAUGCUUUCACAGUCCAAGAAUAGGUCCUAUUUUUGUAUUAAAUGGGUAUUAAUUGUGAUGGGCUCAACUAUAAAACCCAAAAGCUUAGUAAAAAUUCUUUUUUCCUAGUCGCAUUAGGAGAAAUAGUUUUUUU